UUAUAAACUUAGUGUUUUCUUGUUUUGUUUUGUUUUUUUAACAAGCUCACUUGCUACUGUUUUUGCAGACGACAAAUUCUUUAUUUAUCAAAUCAUUCGAAGGCACACAACGAGUGACGACUAAAUGCUUCUUUUUUUUCUUUGUGCGAUAUCUUAGACACGCUCAGUGCACUCGUUUCUUACGCUCCAACUCGAAGAAUUCUACUGCACAAAAGUUGUCGGUGAGUGAUAAUCUUGCAGCACCUUAGACAAACGUGUUUGGGAACUUGUUAGACCAAAGCACGUGCGAACCUGAUUUGUUGGUGCUUUUUGAAGUGUCGCUGUCUGUUUAAUCUGAUUGUAAAUUGAGAAACGCAUCCUGAAUGAGAAUAGUUUUUUUUGGCACACACAUUCACGUUUAGACUGAGAUUCGCGUAUUUUAUGCGUUUUGGAAAAGUAAUUGCUUCGAGCUGGAUGUCUGUCUGUGAUCAAUUGCUCUACGUAAUUUUGUCACUUGAUUUUUAAAAGACUAGAAAGCCACAAUGAAUAUUAAAUUUACAGUUCGCAAAACGGAAGCUGCUGAUCUUCAAGAUAUUCUGGAUAUGAUUCAGGAAUUGGCUGACUAUGAAGAAAUGCCUUCGGGUCCAAAACUAAAACGUGAAGAUUUAUUGAGAGACGGGGCUUUUGAAGAUAAUUCGUUGUAUAAAUUUUUUCAUAGUUUUGUUGCUGAAGAAAUAGCAUCUGAUGAUAACCAUACGAAAAGUAAAAUAAUCGGAUACUCCAUCGCAUUUUUCUCCUACUCAAAAAUCCUGGGCAAAACUUAUUUUCUCGAAGACAUUUAUGUGAAAAAUGAAUACCGAAAACUUGGAGUCGGUGGUAUGUUAUUCAAGGAAAAUGUGAACUUCGCUCUUGCUGAAGGAUGCAAACAAUUAAAUUUGCAUGUUCUGGACUGGAAUAAUCCAGCAAUAAAUUUUUACAAGAAAUUGCAUGCGGAAGACUUAACAACAGAAAAAGGUGUACAAUUUGUGAGGUUCGAUAAAAAUCGAAUGGAAAAUUUAAUGAAAAUGAAGUAAUUUUAUACCCAAAAUACACAAAAGUAUUAAUAAAAUGUUGUGAUUUUUUUGGCUUAAAAAAUAUAAUUA